AUAUAUAAUGAAUGUAAAUUACAAAAGCGCUUAGAAUAGCACCCUCGUAAAUUUUACAUUCACUUAUAUUAAAGGUUUACCCUUAUUAAAGACCCCACCACUAAAGAUGACCCUUGUAACACAUCCUACCAGUCUUUCUUUGCAGCAGCAAGAAUAUAUAUAAAAGUUCUUAAGAGGGAGGAACAAUAAUUUACACCUGGAAAGAUCAUGUUCUGUCCCUUUAAGCACAUUGCCAAGUAAUUUGUUUUGAUUUGCUGCAUUUGGUGACCUUUGCAUUUAUGUGGAAAGUUCAUUCUUUGUUGCCUGAGCUGAUACAGGAGAGACGGUGUUUUUAUUUGCCAUGUCUCAGCCGACUUCUCAAGACAUACAGGUUCUCCCUGCCACUGCCUGUGACUAUGAGGAGGUGAUGUCCAUCUCAGAAGGGGUAUACAGUGGGGUGGAUUAUCUUCCAGCUAGGUACCAUGAGUGGCUGGAGGACCCUCAGCGAGAGAUGUUCCUGGCCAGGUUGGAUGGAAGAGUGGUGGGUUUUGAGUCCUACGUGCUGGUAGACGCCGGUGUCACUGCUGUUUUCCAAGGUCUACGUGUUGCAUCCUGGAAGAGAAGCUCCGGAGUAGCGGGAAUAAUUCAGCGAAUAUGCAUAGAUCAUCUGCAGUCUAAUCAUCCUGAUGUCACCACAAUUCGCCUGACAAGGGUAGAAGACCCUCCAUCAUCAGUGAGCAAGUACCGACUGUUACAUUCUAAGGCAGUGGUCUCAGUGAUCCUGCACCAUGACCAACUAGACCAUGCAGUGAAGUUGCUGAAGCAUCGGGUGGCGAGUGCUUGUGAGAGGCGACCUCUUGAUGCCCUUACCCCUGAAGAGGUUCUAAGUUUGUUUGAGAAUUCCUGUACUGCCUCGGGGCUGCUUCCUAAUGGGCUUCUUAUCCAAGGUUGGCUUCCGCUUUCUACCCACAGAUCCAACCUGGAGUUAUUGCUACAAAGGGGAAUUGUCUGGUUCCAUUCUGAACACUGUGAAGAGACAAGCGACUGUGACAGCACCUCUAAAUCUAGAGAUGCCAGUGGUACCAUUUGUCCUUUUUCUUCCUCUGGGUUCCUUAGCCUGGGCACCCCUCCCUACUCUGUGCCUCUAGGAGAUGGUAUGCACCGGUUUGACAUUGAUCUGUUUGGAACUGAUCCUAUUUCUGCAAAAACCCAUGUGCUACACCAGUUGAUUAAAGGAGUGCAAUUACUGCCUCCAGGGGCCGGUAUUGUUUGUUUCUUGUAUGCAGAAAUGAGUCUUCAUGCCGAACUUACUAAUUUCUGCCAAGACCUUACCCCAUUUCCUCUAUGGAAGCAGCAAAUUGUCCUAGAGAGGGAUAUCUAG